AUGGUAUAUUUGGGCAAUACAAUCUUCAGAGGAAAGAAGGAGCAGGAAGCUUAUGACAAGACGUUUGCUGGACGCUACCAGAAGCGUCUUCGAGCCAACCACUUCUUGUACUUUGGAUUGCCAUUCAUGUUGUCCAUAGUUGCUGGAUCUAUCUACCUCCAAAAAUUCACCUCGAUCAAGUGGGAGAGAUUUGACGACAAGUACAGACAGCUUGGAGAAGACGAAAUGUUGAACUUGAUCGAAAACAAGCGUCCCGUGGACAAGAAGAACGACUACUACAGAUUGCAAGGGUUAUUGACUGAUCACUUGGAGAAGGAAGUCAAAUCCAACGAUGACUACGAAAUCGUCCGUGUCAAGAGAAAGAAGGAGGACGAGCCAGUGUGGUGA